AUGAAUAUUUCAUAAUAAUAUGAGGAAUAAUAAAAUUCAGAGAGAAUUGACACUUAAUUUCAAAAAUAGAGUCAGAAUCUAUUCAAAAGAUAAUUCUCUUAAAAUUAACUCAAUAACACUUGGAAACUUAAUGGAUUCAAUAUCAUUAUUAUCGUUCUAAAAUUUAUUUAAGCGAUUACGAAAUAAACGUUUACUACUUCCUUUAAAUUACUGAAUCGUCAAUUUUUCAAAUUGCUUAAGGAUAACACUUCAGAUUACAAUUAUUAUUUACAUAGAGGCUAUUUUAAACAAGUCAAAGCAUAAUCGUUUUUGAUUAAAUUUGACCAAAAAGUUAACUUCUUGCAAUAUUACAGAAGGAAUUAUCUAAAGAGAAUCAUGUAGUUUAUAUUGUUAGAACCUGAUGACACAAUAAUUAUAAUUUGGAAUAUAUAUCUAUUGUGUGUAGUCACAAUUAAUGUAUUUUAUGUUUCGUUGCGAUUAUCAUUUGUGGAAAUUGUUGAAAUGGAUUGGGUUCUAAAGGAUUUCAUUUUUGAAUAACUGCCCAGCUAUUCAUUCUUAUUAGAAAUCAUCAUUAAGUUUAAUACCUGUAUUUAUAGUAAAGGAGUACUGAUCAAAAAUAGGAAGAGAUUAAUAAAGAGAUACCUAAAAAGAGAGUUUCUAAUUGAUUUGGUACUAAUCAUACCAUUUUUUAUUGGAAGACAAUUCUCUUUUAUAUACUUAGACCUCGUUAUAAUCUUGAAAGUAUUCCAAAUAUCAAAAUUAACUAACUCUUUAUUCAAUCGUUUGGAAUUGACAUAAGAACAAACAACUGUUUUCGAAUUAAUUAAACUGAUCUUUUUUAUACUAUUGUGUGCUCAUUUCUCAGCUUGCAUCUGGCAUAAAUUAGGAGUUUGGGGAGAUUGGGGAGAUAAAAAUACAGUAACUUGGUUGAUAAAAGAAUAACUAUACAAUUCAAUGUGGGUUGAUAGAUAUGUAGUUUCAUUUUAUUGGAGUAUCGUUACUAUGACAACUAUUGGUUAUGGUGAUAUCAUUCCAGUAAAUUUAACUGAAAGACUAUUCUGUAUAAUAAUGACUUUGAUAUCAACGGCAACCUUCGCUUAUUCAGUCAAUAGUAUAGGAUAAAUAUUUUAGGAUAUGUCUAAAUAAUCUGUGUAAUUUAAAACAAACAUGAAUAGUUUAAAUAAAUUCUUGAAAAAUCAGAAAGUAUCAGCUUCAUUGCAAACCAAGUUCAGACGAUAUUUUGAAUAUUUUUGGAGCAAACCUUCAUAAGAAGUAAUUCAAUUUCAAGAAUAAAUUCCAUAAUAAUUAAAAGAUCAAAUGAUUGUGGAUAUAAAUAUUAAAUUACUAAAAUAAUUAGAUUUAUUUAAGUAAUUUAGUAAUUCUUUAUUGAAUACACUUUGUCUAAAAUUCAAAGAAAUCUAAUUAUAACCAGAUGAAUAUCUAUUUAAAUCCAAUUAGAGAGCAGAGAAGCUCUACAUAUUAGUUAAUGGAAAAAUCGAUUUGCGUGUGAUUGUUAAUAAAAAAAAAAGAAUCCUCGAAAAAUUAAAGACUCCCUGUUUGGUUGGUCAACUCAAUUUUAUUCUCAAUACAGAAUACAAAUAUGAGGCAAUUGCCACUAAAAAUACAAAGGUAUUAGCCAUUGAUAGAGAACAUUUGAUUGAAAAUAUCAAAUAGAAUUAAAUUGAUUAUGAAACCUUUAAAAACUUUGAAGAGGAUAUUAGAAUACAAAAAUAAUACGGCAAAAUUUCAAUUACAUGUUCAAUUUGUAAAAAAUCAAAACAUUUUGUCCUUGAUUGUCCACUUCUUUUUGGAGGUAUAAGCAGAACGAAAGUAUUAUAUCAACUGAGACAUAAUCUACCUUAAUAUAGAAAUUUUACUUUAAGGAAUAAUGAAGAUAGAAGAAUAUCUACAAAGAAACAUCACUUCCUUGUUAUGGAAAGUAGAUCUGCAAUCUUGAGGGAAUUAAAGAAUGUAAAUAUUAUAUACAACCUAGAAUUGCAAGUAGCCAUUAAAUAAUAAUAACAAUAUGAUGAAAAAAUAUCUAAUAAUCUAUCAAACUAAUUCACUAAGUAGAUACCAAAUAUACCAACUUCAGUAAAUUGUAUAUCUCAUGAAUCUCUUCGCAAUAUUCAGAAUCAUAAUACUGUUUAAGAUCAUGGUCUUACAUAGAAUCAAGAAUGGCCUACAGAAGAAGUUAGUUAAGUUGGAAUUUUGAAUUAUUGA